UUGAUUCAGAUAGGUAUAUAUUUUGUACCGCCUCGGUUCGUGUGGACGUUUAGGCAGACUCAUAACGAACCAUGGCGGAGAGAAGUGGCCGGCUGAGCUUCGGUGGCGGGGCGCUCAACAGACCCGUGCCGAUGAACCUGUUCGCCACAUGGGAAAUAGAUGGAUCGUCCCCGAGUUGCAUCCCGAGGUUGUGCAGUCUGACUCUGAAGAGGUUGGUGGUCCUGAGGGAGUUGGAUAAGGAGCUCAUCUCUGUGGUCAUCGCUGUCAAGAUCCAGGGUUCCAAGAGGAUCCUGAGGUCCCAUGAGAUAGUGCUGCCCCCUAGUGGCUCAGUGGAGACUGACCUGGCUCUCACCUUCUCACUGCAGUACCCUCACUUCCUGAAGAGAGAGGGUAACAAGCUCCAGAUCCUGCUGCAGAGGAGGAAGAGAUACAAGAACAGGACUAUCCUGGGAUACAAGACCCUGGCUGUAGGAACCAUCGACAUGGCUGAGGUGAUGCAGCACCCUACGGAGGGGGGCCAGGUUCUGUCUCUGUGCAGUAACCAGAAGGAGAUGCUGGGUAAAGUAGCUGAGAUCUGGAUCUUCUCACUGUCCAGUCAGCCGAUAGACCACGAAGAGGCCGCUCUGCAGGAAGGAACCAAGAUCAAAUGUUCAGAUACCUACUCGGAGGAGGAGUAUGAGAGUUUCUCUUCAGAGCAGGAGGCCAGCGAUGAUGCUGUUCAGGGUCAGGACCUUGAGGAUGAUGAGUAUGAUGUGAGGAAGCCUAAGAAGCACAGGAGGUCUAUCGUGAGGACUGCCUCAAUUACCAGGCAGCAGAACUUUAAACAGAGACUGGUGGCCCUGAUCAAGAGGUUCCGAGUCUCAGACGAGGUGUUGGACUCGGAGCAGGACCCGGCUGAGCCCCCUCCAGAGGUAGAGGAGGAUCUGGACCUAGAGAGUCUGGAGUUUGAGAACCCCAGUGACAGUGGACCAGAACUAGACGAUGACGACAGUGUCCUCAGCACCCCGAAACCUAAACUCAAGCCAUAUUUUGAGGGUCUCUCCCUCUCCAGUUCGCAGACAGAUAUUGGCAGCAUCCACAGCAGCCGGAGUCACAGAGAACCACCAAGUCCGAUGGACCCAGACAAGACUACGAACAGAGGAGACAAGUUCCAGGUGGACAAUGUCUCAGAUAACGCUUCUCUUCAGGAGGAGCAACAAGAGGCAGUAACCCCCACUACAGAGUUGGAGAUGGACAACAUGGACACCUUCCUGGAGAAGCUGCCCCCUACUGGCAAGAUGAAGAAGACAGAGUCCCUCAUCAUCCCUUCCAACAGGCAGGAAGCUAAGUUGGCGGGGAGGAGAGGGAGAAGUACUUCCCUAAAGGAGCGCCAGCCCAACAGACCACAGAAUGAGAGAGCCAACAGCCUGGAUAACGAACGCUUGCUCGACACACGCUGCCAUCUACAGAUCCCCAGGAAGACCGUGUAUGACCAGCUGAACCACAUCCUAGUGUCUGACCACCAUCUACCUGACAGCAUCAUCCUCAUCAACACAUCUGAUUGGCAGGGCCAGUAUCUGUCAGGUGUUCUCCAGAGCCACCACCUCCCGGUGGUGUGUACCUGUACUACAGCAGACAUCCAGGCCGCCUUCAACACCAUCGUCUCACGCAUUCAGAGAUUCUGUAACUGUAACAGCCAGACACCCAUCCCCAUAAAGAUAGCUGUGGCUGGGGCCCAACACUACCUCGGAGCAGUCCUCAGGCUGUUUGUAGACCACCUCUCUUACAAGACCCCUGAUUGGCUGGGCUACAUGAGGUUUCUCAUCAUACCACUAGGAUCUCAUCCAGUUUCCAAGUACCUGGGUACCAUCGACUAUCAAUACAACAGUUUAUUCCAGGAUACAGCGUGGACGGACCUGUUUCACAAGCCAGAAGCACCAGUCAUGGUGCAGGAGAGUCCAGACGUGGUUUCCAGGGUAACCCAGUAUAUGGUCGGGGCCAAUGGAGCUCACCAACUACCCAUCGCCGAGGCCAUGCUCACAUACAAGCAGAAGAGGAAAAAGAGCUUUCAUUUUGAUUUUGCAGUAAGCCCUGAUGAGGACUCGUGUCAGAAGUUCAUUCCCUUUAUCGGAAUGGUGAAAGUUGGCAUCGUGGACCAGUCAUCUGCAACAUCAGGUGACUCUGACGAUGCGUCCCCCAUGGGGAUGGUUUUCCACUCCUCCACCCCUCAGGUGUCCCCCGCCCUGAAGGAAGCCUCACCCACCCCUCCCUCUUCCCCCUCCGUCAACACAAGCUUCAGUUCAUACAGUUCUCCCCAGGGGGAGCUGAUGGGACUACAGGUGGACUACUGGGUGGCUCCCUCCCCGGCUGACAGGAAGAGAGACGUGGAGAAAAGGGACUCGUCCUCCUCUAAGAACACUCUGAAGUGUACGUUCCGCUCGCUGCAGGUCAGCAGGCUCCCCCAGCCCGGGGCCCAGCCACAGCCCGCCAUGUCCAUGACCGUCGUCAUGAAGGAGAAGAACAAGAAAGUCAUGUUCCUGCCAAAGAAGACUAAAGACAAGGAUGUGGAGUCUAAGAGCCAGGUGAUCGAUGGCAUCAGUCGACUGAUCUGCACUGCCAAGCACCAGCAGACUAUGCUGAGGGUGCUGAUUGACGGCGUGGAGUGGAAUGAUGUCAAGUUUUUCCAGUUGGCGGCACAGUGGUCGUCACACGUCAAACAUUUCCCCAUCGGGAUCUUUGGACACACUAAAGGGCCUUACUAGCAGGCCCCGCAGGCAGCGACUAGAGCUAGUAUCCAUAGAGACCGUUACCAUAGUAGCGACCAUUACCAUAGUAGCGACCGUUACCAUAGUAGCGACCGUUACUAUAGUAGCGACUUUUACCAUAGACACUCAUCUGGAACUGAGGACGACGCCCCCGCUCUCAUGUGCCAAUAGCCUUUAACCUCCCAGCUCCGCUCUUUGCACUGCCCCGCCCCCCCAGUCUGCACUGCC